AAAUGAAAUCUCAUCCCAGCGUAGACACCACGUCUGGAAUUACGAUCCACCCUGUGAUCUGUCACUUUUAUAUACACACAGGGGAGGGGACCGUUUCCAUAGAGAGGGAAUAUCACAGCCCACUUAGGAGCAAUACCGGAGAAGCAGGAGCCGAGACCCCGGAGCAGCCAGAAGUUCAGGGGGAUGUGCAUGGGGCCGUCCUCCUGGCCCUGAAGCUGCGCUGGCCUCCCUGAGCGUUUCGCUGCGGAGGGAAGUCCACUCUCAGGGAGAGAUGCCGAGGCCGGUCCACUUCCUGCUGCUCCUGCUGCUGCUCCUGGGGGGCCCCAGGACAGGCCUCCCGCACAAGUUCUACAAGGCCAAGCCCGUCUUCAGCUGCCUCAACGCCGCCCUGUCUGAGGCUGAGAAGGGCCAGGCGGAGGAUACGUCCCUGCUGAGCAAGAGGAGCUUCCCCCACCCGCCCGGCGGAGACGCCUCCUCGGGAGAGGAGGACGAGGGCAAAGAGAAAAGGACUUUCCCCGUCUCUGGGGCCAGGGGUGGAGCUGGAGGCACCCGGUACAAAUACGUGUCCCAAGCACAGCCCAGGGGAAAGCCACGCCAGGACACGGCCAAGAGUCCCCAGCGCACCAAGUUCACCCUGUCCCUCGACGUCCCCACCAACAUCAUGAACCUGCUCUUCAACAUCGCCAAGGCCAAGAACCUGCGCGCCCAGGCGGCCGCCAACGCCCAUCUGAUGGCGCAGAUUGGGAGGAAGAAGUAGAGGCAGAGGCCGGACGGGAGAGCAGCCCUCCAGGAUGGAGGGCGAGGGGAGGGCGAGGGGAGGGCGAGGGGAGGGUGAGGGUGCCAUCUGCUGGUUUGGGUGUUUUGGAAUCAGUCAGUUUUACAGUUUUACACUGCUGAGCCCCUCUGAUCUCUUCCGGCCUUUGAUCCCGGCUCCCUCUUCCUCUGUCUGUACCCACGGAAGUGCGCUAUUGUCCAACCUUCCCAGACACCAGGCGGCUAAUGUUCCUCCCUGUAUGCAGCGUCUCCUUCCUCCCUCCCUACAGCAAGAGGCAAAGUCAUGUAUUCCUCCUCUCCAGUCUUCUCCCUGUUGACCCCAUGCCUGAGAAGAGAGCGUUCAGGGCUCCUCUCCCACACAUCAACCCCUGCCAGGGCAGAAAGAGGAGCCACAAGACUCGCCUUCCUGCCACCGAAUCCUUCCCUACCUCCUCACCCCAUUAUUACAAUGGCUUCUUCAA